AUGGUUGAUGAAGUCAUUCCGUACUGUUUCCGUCCAGUAAACUAUUUCGAAGGAUCACCCGAAACCUCCGUUCAUCCGCUUUCGCAAAAACUAAGUUUCGAACAAUUACGUCUGGCUCAUAUUACCGCAGAACAACUUCUGUCGUGGUCAAUUUCGAUUGAUGUAGCUCAGCGAUAUCAAUUAUAUUUAAUUGAACCGAAUGCUGCAUUGAAUGAGAAUCUCUACAAUUGUACUGAACCGUGGUUUGGUCCUCGAUGCCAAUAUUCGUUUCCUUUCGGCGGACGUAGAUCUUUCAACCAAAUUGUUAAAGAGGCUUUUCAUCGAAGAAUAUCAUUUCCCGAAUCAUCUGAAGUGAUAGUACAAGUGCCAUGCUAUGUUCUUCUCGAAUGCCAUCGUAAUGGACAGAGUUGGUGUCUUGAUUGGCGUGAAGUAUGUAACGGAAUCGUUGAUUGUUUUGACGAAGGUCUCGAUGAAGAAUAUUGUUUCGAUAUGGAAAUAAAUGAAUGUGAGAAAAAUGAAUAUCGAUGCCACAAUGGGUUAUGUAUAUCAAGCGAACUUUGGGAAGAGGGUGAAGGUGAUGCAGACUGUCUCGAUCGGUCCGACGAAGUGUUGGAUGCCUCCUAUAUAGAAUCCUGUUUCCAAGAUCCAACAU